AGCUUCUCCAUCGUCUUCCUUGCACUGUCCACAUCAAAGAAAAGCAGAUUCACUCCCAACUGUCUAUUACUCCAUAAACAGAAAUCAACUGAUACAGGAAGAAACCACAUACCCACCCCCACACAAUCGAGUCAAUCGGGUCACCUAUUUCAACCCCUCACUCCCCGCGAGUGAGUGAAAUCACCCAAAAAUGUCCACAUACGAAGUCGAACACAACACAGCCGACCCCUCCAUCCCCCAACAGCCCUCCCGCCGCCGCCGCCCCGACCUCUCAACCUUCUUCUCGACCCUUUCUCAAAUCAGCCCCGAUGAGCACCGCUCCAGACCGCAUGCCGUCCCCGUCCCGCGCGACGUAAGCGCCGCGUUCUAUACUCUCGCUGAGGCGUUGGAGGUUAUGCGCCGCGAGUCGGAGGGUGGGGGUGCCGCGGCCGCGGCCGGGGGAGAAGGCGGCGACGGCGACGAUCUCCUGUCGCAGAUGAUUCAGACGUUGUUGCGGGAGGCGGAUACGCCGCCUAAGGAGGUGGAGGGUGUGAGUGAGGAGUUUUGCGACAUGCUCGACCGGGUGCCGCGUACGUCGUUGAAGGAGUCGCAGACGUGUCCGAUUUGCAAUAACCCGUUCUUGGAGGAUGAGUAUCCGCUCGUUGUGCGACUGCCGUGUCAUUCUACGCAUUUGUUUGAUUUGGAGUGUAUCCGGCCCUGGUUGCGGUUGCGGGGACAGCGUGAAAAGGCAGAGGCGCGUAAGAAGAAACCUGUCGAGGAUGAUGAGGAAGAGUGGGAUGGUAUGUAUGGCUAG